UAAACGAUGAUAAAAUCAGCCAAUAAGAUUUAUCUAUUUAAUUAUUAGUCUCGGCUGUCUGCUGGUGAGUGUUCAAAAAAUAAUAAUGGCAACAGUUAGAAACAUUUUUAGCGGACGCGGAUAAUUUUGAACAUUUUCUGAUAUCUGGAAUUUCAAUGAAUUUUCAAAGAAACCAGUCUUUAUUAAUGAAGAAAAUUCCGUUGCACUAUCAGAGGAAAUUGAAUUAUAGUAGCAAUGGAUCAUUUAAUACUACAUUUCUGACAGAAAAAAUAAUCUUGGAUUCUAAAAAUCUGAAAAAUGCUGUUUGCCAACAAAAUUAUCUGGUUGUGUUUACAAGAAUAAAAUCAGAACAUUGUUGAAAAACAACAAGUUCUUAGCUCUAUCUUUGCAAAAUGAUAGAUCUAAAAAAGAAGAAUUAUUGGAAGAGAACAAAGCCAAUGCUAACAUAAUAAUGUUUUCAAGAUUAAAGCUAGCAAGUUUAUCUGAUAAUUUAAAGCAAGUAGUUACAGUUUUAGAUGAAACUCUAGGUUUGUUAGAAAUGCAUUCAUCUGUCAGCUCCACCAAAUUCACACCUAAGCAUACUGUGACCCGAGAGGAAUUUAAAGAACAAGUACAAAAUGUUUGGAUGGAUUCUAUACCUGAAGAACCUGAGUCACCUCAAAGACUGUCAAACAUGACUGAUCUUAACAAAAGUAAGAAGAAGAAACAUAGUCGAACCUGUCAAAAGCAGAAUGAUGUUUCUUCAGGAUUUCAAGUAGAAAUGCGAAACAAGAAACAAGAGUCCUCUAAAAAACCAACUAACUCUAAAAAAACAUUGCAGCCCACCACUAAAUUUGAAAAGAUUGCCAUCCAAAUAAGUGAUGAAAUUGAUAUGGAUCCUAUACAUUAUGUAGGAAAUGAUGAAUAUUGCUUUACCAAAAGUAGUCCUGCAAGAAAAUGUCCACCACAAAAUAGGAAAAUUGCAAAUAGAAACAAGAAUAUUACCUCUAAAGUUAAUAAAAUAAAAGCUGAAACUAAGCCUGCAACUGACAAAAAGUGUAGAAAAGUUACUAAAAAAUCUGUUUCAAAGGAAGUUACUUUCCUUAGUGAAGGGAAGAACAUUUCUGUGUGUACUAGCUCUUCAAAGAAUAACCCAUCCCAAAGUGACUUGCAUAAUGACUUUCAAAUAUUUGCUGAUAACCAAUUGCCUGAGAAUAACAAUAAAAAGAAAACUUUUGAUGAAAUAGAUGUUCUUAGAAAUAAUUCUAACAAAAAUUCUAACUUCAGAUCAGGUAGUGAAAAAGAAAAUGUUAGUCCUUAUAAAAUGCAAAAGUUGCCAACCAGAAAAUUUAAGUCAUUGAAUACAAUAAAGUUAGAACCCACAGUUACUGCAAGAUCACAUUCUCGCAACUCAGCAAUGCAAAGUUUAUCAUCUAAAAUAAAUAUUGAAAAUUCCAUAGGACAAAAAAAAGUUGAUUUAAUACGGGAAGGCAGAAGUUCUGAGAGCUGUGACACUUCCAGAAGCUAUCUCAUAGACUUAAGCUUACAUCAACAAGAAAUGGUUAGAAAUUUAGCAGAAAAUACAUUUAUUGUUACAGCAGAUGUUCAUAGAAAUCCUGAGCCCCUUCCAACUGAGAUAUCAAAACAGGAGUGUAGGCUAUUGAAAGAGCCUAUUGUCUUGGUAAAAGAUAUUUUUAAACAUGGUAAAUCAUUUUGUAAGAGCAUUUCAAUUCCAGCUUGUGAUGAGUUGAAUGAAAUCCCAUUAGAACUACAACUUCUUAAACAUUGCUCUUCUCUGAAGAUGAUACCAGAAGAAUCAAAUCAUUCACAAGAUCAAGUUAAAGAAGAAGUUCCCAAAAUAAAGUCAGAAAAUUAUGAGCCUUCUUUGACCAUUGAAGAAAACACCAAGCAAACUUCACAUGAAGAAAAAAGAUUCGUGCGAAAACGUUCUUCUAGCGUCAAUUAUACAGAACCUUUGACCAUUGAAGAAAACAUUAAGCAAACUUCACAUGAAGAAAAAAGAUACAUGCGAAAACGUUCUUCUAGCGUCAAUUAUAGAGAACCUCCUGCAAAUAUAAAAUUAAGAAGAUAAGAAUAAUUUCACAUUAAGGUUGCUGGCGAAGAUGAGAAAUGUUUGCUGGUGAACAACUAAAUUGAGACAUUCUUGUCAAGUUCCAGCUCCCUGGUUUUUUUUUGUAAUUUUUUCCAUUUUACUGUGUUUAUAAUUCUGAUCAUUUUGCAAAACAUAUUUUUUUCUGGACAUUCGUGCUAUUUAUUUUGUGUAUUUUAAUAUUCUGAAACGAUUUUAAUUAUUGCUGAACAAUAAGUAUUUUGUAAACAUGUUUUUAUUGUCAGUUUUGAUAAAUUGUAUUAGUAAAUUUAUUUUUAUUUGCAUU